CCCGCGCUCUUUUCCUGUGCGCGUCACAUCGCGCUGCGUCUCCUGUCAUCCGCAGUUACGGUGAAGUCAUAAGCUCAACAUUACUGACAUAAAGGCUCUACCUGACUCUCAAAAGAAGUUUCAGCAGCAAGGAUAAUAUCUUUGGCAGACAACCACAAUGUUAAAAAUGAUUUCAAAUGGGGAUUCAAACGAAGCGUCAAAGUCCUCACACAGCAGUGGACAUCACAAGUCACAUAUGUUUCAUUACUUGACGACUCUCAUGUGUUUCAUUUUGUCAGCGUUUUCGGUGUCGGUUUGUUUGUUUAUGAACGAGAAAACGUCUCACCUUGAGCGUAAAAUGGAGCUUUUGGAGAUGGAGCGACAGUCUGUUCUUCAACCUGUGCGCGCAACUCUGGAUGAGAACGCGACCCUUUGGGAUGCGAUUGAUAAACUUUUGCAAGUGAGACUCGAAGGUGUGUCGAAAACUCGCACAGCGAGAGAAGCAUCCCAAGAGUGCUUGUGUCCUCCAGGUCCUCCAGGAAAGCGAGGAAGAAAAGGCAACCCUGGAAUUCCAGGAAAUAACGGGCGGGAUGGCUACCCGGGUCCGUUGGGUAUGGAUGGAAGGCCUGGACCACCAGGACCAAAAGGCAGUCAGGGAAUGCCGGGACCAAAAGGAGAUAAGGGUGACCAGGGAGACAUGGGACCUAUGGGACCACCAGCCCAUGCGUCCUCUGCAGGCCUCCUCAGUAAUCAGAUUCUCACAGUAAAGGGUGAUCAAGGUCAAGAUGGACCACCAGGUCCCCCCGGACCUCCAGGAACACCUGGCCCCAGAGGUCCUCCAGGAAACACAGGCAGAGAUGGGCCCCAGGGCCACCCAGGAGAGCCGGGUCCUCCUGGAAAAGAUGGGAAUGAGGGACCGAGGGGGUCACCUGGUGUUCAGGGUUUGAAUGGAGCUGAUGGCAUGCCUGGGCCACAGGGUCCUGAAGGGCCAAAGGGAAUGCCAGGUCCUGAGGGGAAGAGAGGAAUUGAUGGAUCUCCUGGUAAGGGUGAAAAGGGAGAUGUUGGGGAUCCUGGACCCCAGGGCUUGCCUGGAGAGAAAGGGGCUACUGCCUUCAUUGAUGAUCUAGAUAUAAGACUUCAAGCUUUACAGGGGCCUCCAGGACCUCCUGGAGAGCAAGGCCCAAAAGGAGAGAUGGGCUUACAUGGAGCACUAGGACCUGAAGGAAAGCAGGGCCAGAAGGGAGAGAGAGGUCAUACAGGAGAACCUGGAGCAGACGGUGUAAAAGGGGAUAAGGGGAACAUUGGGCUGACAGGACCUUCAGGGCCAGUUGGGCAAAAAGGAAAUCAAGGAGACUCCAGACUUGAGGACAAUCUGGCCCAGAUUAUCUCUUUGCCUGGCCCACCAGGACCUCCUGGACCACCUGGGCAUGCUGGAUAUCAUGGAAUGCCUGGAUCUAAGGGAGAGCCUGGUGAUGCAGUUAAAGGAGAAAGGGGGGAUAUUGGAGAGAUAGGUCCACCUGGGCCAAUGGGUCUUCAAGGUCUUCCAGGUUCUAAUGGAUUGGUAGGCCUCCCCGGAGCAAAAGGGGAAAAGGGAAAACAAGGAGAACCAGGAUUAGACGGUUUUCCAGGGCUUCAAGGAGAAAAGGGGGACAGAGGACAUAGAGGAGAAAAGGGUGACAGAGGCAUAAUGGGAAAGAAAGGUCUGAAAGGACAGAAGGGAGAACAGGGACCUCCAGGCCUUGAUCAGCCUUGUCCUGUGGGCCGAGAUGGACUGCCGAUACCCGGAUGCUGGCAUAAGGAAGAGGCCUCAGGACAGGGCGGCAGAGCCGAGCACCCGUCUCAACCUUAAAAGACAUUGAGUGGGGUACGUGGAGGGAGUAUAGUUUGCUAAAGGUCUGCUGGAUAGUCCAAAGGAAAGGGCUUGGCUGGAUGUUGCACUGGAUCUGAACUGGCGUACAUAUGGACAAACCUGUACUCAGGAAACGCAUGGGACUAGCUCAGAAGGAAACAGCGUAUUGUCUUUUGUUCCAUUUAUCAAUCAAAAAUACACCGGUGGAAUAGUGCAAAUUGUAUAAUAAGGGAUAUUAUGUAUACAAAUUUUUUUUUUGUAUUUUUAAAGUCUUGUCUUGGUGUUCAUAAGAAUCCCCACAUUGUAUAAACUAAUUUUAUUCAUGGUUUUUGUAAGGAGUUGUUUGCAUACCAAUUGAGUGUUAUAUGAGGUUUGUGUAAAGGAAAUAUGUAAUUUUUACAAUACAUUAUAUUUUUUCACUUUCUUUAAAAAGCUAGUCAGAAGUUGUUUGGAUAACAAUGCAUUUUGUAUGCAUUGUGUUUUAUGUCGAAUCAUUGUUUUUACCCCACACUUUUUGUUUUAAUUUAGUAAAAGAUGAACAUUUAAGAUAAAGGUAUUAUAGACCCAUAGGCCUGAAACAUAUUCUACAGAACUCAAAAAGAAGCAAAUUUUCAUUUGUUGUCUUCCCACUGAAAUACGAGUAUUUUUUGCAUUCUCAGCUUUACUUUAAGUUGCCCUAUCCACCUUCACAACAACACAUCUAAUUUUAGAUUCAAAAUAUCUUCAUUGCCCACUCUUUAGUAUUGAGGUCUAUAAUAACCACUGCAGUAACUCUUAAAAGUGUGUUGUUGGUCAAGCAUACUUGUAAAGUGUGUUUCUGGGCCUAGUAUGACAAGCAAAUGCCAAUUAAAAUAGAUAUUUCAUUCAUGUGGAAAAAAUAUAAUUCAAUCGAACUGUUUCUAUAUAAGUUUUCUAUAUUUGUACUGUAGUAUUAUAGCAACAUGUCUUUCUGUAACAGAAACGUUAGGUAAUUUAUGAUGGCUUCUCUAGAAAGUUGUUGUAGAGACAUACACUCACCUAAAGGAUUAUUAGGAACACCUGUUCAAUUUCUCAUUAAUGCAAUUAUGGUGGUGGUGUAAUGGUGUUGGGGAUGUUUUCUUGGCACACUUUAGGCCCCUUAGUGCCAAUUGGGCAUCGUCUAAAUGCCACGGCCUACCUGAGCAUUGUUUCUGACCAUGUCCAUCCCUUUAUGACCAUCAUGUACCCAUCCUCUGAUGGCUACUUCCAGCAGGAUAAUGCACCAUGUCACAAAGCUCGAACCAUUUCAAAUUUGUUUCUUGAACAUGACAAUGAGUUCACUGUACUAAAAUGGCCCCCACAGUCACCAGAUCUCAACCCAAUAGAGCAUCUUUGGGAUGUGGUGGAACGGGAGCUUCGUGCAUCCCACAAAUCUCCAUCAACUGCAAGAUGCUAUCCUAUCAAUAUGGGCCAACAUUUCUAAAGAAUGCUUUCAGCACCUAGUGACAUCAAUGCCACGUAGAAUUAAGGCAGUUCUGAAGGCGAAAGGGGGUGAAACACUGUAUUAGUACGGUGUUCCUAAUAAUCCUUUAGGUGAGUGUAGAUACUGUAAAUUUAAUGUUCUAUCUGUGCCUACCAAAACAUACUUUAUAUUAGAGAUGAAUUUAAUGUACUGACAUACUGGUUUGAAUGGAAGCCCAUUUCUGCAACAUAAUAAAAAUUUAUGAGAUUAAAAAUUGAGGUUAAAAUUAUGAGAUAAAUAAAACAAAAUUAUGAGAUACAAAAUGUAAAAAAAUUAUAAGAUUAAAAGUCAUAUGUGAUGAAAAUUUGAAAUUAUGAGAUAAAUAAUCGAAAUUAUGAGGAAAAAGUCAAAUGUAUAAUUUAACGUUCGCUUGAGGUAGUGCAGGCAGUAAAAUCGCACGCUGGCGACACCUGCUGGUUUAAUUGGUGUAAAUGCAACUCUGUGGUUUAACAAACCACUAGCGAUUGGUUAUAUAUAUUUUAGUUAUUUGUUUUCAGUUUUUAAAAAUUUAAGAAAUCAUUGACAAAGAAACUGAUCCAUGGGAUUAAAUGUUGGAAAUUA